AUGGGGAAAGAAUCAAAAGAUCGGGACAGACGUGAGAAGGAUCGAAAGAAAGACCGCGACAGGGAAAAGGAUCGAGAACGGGACAAGAAAAAAGGCAGAAAACGAAGUCGUAGUCGUGAGAGACAUCGAAGCAGAAGUCCCCGAGAAAAGCGGAAGCGAGAAAGCAAAGAGACUAAAGCGCAAAGUGAAAGCUCUUCUAAUGACGAUGAUUACACCAUGGACGACAUCCUUGCCAUGAAAACUACAGACCAGAGUGCUUUACUUCAAAAAAUGGCCCUUCAUCAGAAAAAGGCUUGGACUUUGGAUGAUGAGGACGAGGAGCUGCUUGAAGAUGUUCAAACAUUAGAUCAGAAUAAUGCAAUUCAAGCGGUUACAGCGGCACUGGGAACAGACAACAUUAAGCCAAACAAUGUGAAAAAAGAGGUAGAAGACGACGAAGAUCCUUUGGACGCAUUUAUGGCUGGUAUCAGUAAACAAGUUUCCAAGAAGCCACCUCCUGCUCCCGCUCCCGCUCCUGCAAAAGGCAAAGGGAAGGUCGUUACUUUGAAAGCUGUUGAAACAGAUACGAAGAAAGGAGAAAUUAUGGAGGCUGACGAUAAUCAAGAUGUGGUGGUUGACGAUGUUGACAUCCAAAAGGUCGCAAGUUUGACUACAAAGGGAAGAUUGCUUGCCCAGACAGAUCACGAGAAAAUCUAUUAUCGGCCUUUCCGGAAAGCGUUUUAUACUGAAACUUCCGAUAUUGCACGAAUGAGUAAAGUAGACGUAGAGGCAUAUAGAGAAGAAUUGGAUGGUAUAAAGGUUCGAGGAAAGAAAGUCCCAAAACCGAUUAAAACGUGGGCUCAGUGUGGUGUUGAUUUUAAAACGCUACAAGUCCUCAAAAGAUUCUCUUAUGAAAAACCGACUCCCAUUCAAACACAAGCGAUCCCAGCAAUAUUAUCUGGUCGUGAUGUUAUUGGAAUCGCAAAAACAGGCAGUGGAAAGACUUUGGCUUUUCUGCUUCCAAUGUUUCGUCACGUACUCGAUCAAGACCCAUUAGCGGAUAUGGAUGGCCCUAUCGCAAUCAUUAUGGCUCCGACAAGGGAACUGGCAAUGCAAACAUGGAAAGAAGCAAAUAAGUUUGCAAAGGUGCUUGAUUUACGAGUUGUUUGUGUUUAUGGAGGAGUUGGUAUCUCGGAGCAAAUUGCUGACCUCAAGAGGGGAGCCGAAAUCAUUGUCUGCACACCAGGUCGAAUGAUGGAAAUGCUUGCAGCAAACAGUGGCAAAGUAACCAAUCUUCGCCGUACGACAUAUCUUGUUCUCGAUGAAGCGGACCGGAUGUUUGAUAUGGGAUUUGAACCACAGGUGAUGAAAAUUGUCGAGAACAUUCGUCCAGACCGGCAAACAGUUUUGUUUUCAGCCACGUUUCCACGUCAAAUGGAAGCUUUAGCCAAAAAAACGUUGAAAGAUGCAGUCGAGAUUCAAGUUGGCGGAAGAUCCGUUGUUUGUUCGGAUGUGGUUCAGAAUGCAGUUAUUUUGGAAGAACAUCAAAAGUUGUUGAAACUUUUGGAAUUACUGGGAAUCUACUACGAGCAAGGAAGUGUGAUUAUCUUUGUCGAUAAACAAGAAAAGGCAGACACUGUAUUGAAUGAACUAAUAUUGAAUGGUUAUUCGUCGUGCGCAUCUUUGCACGGUGGAAUCGAUCAAUUUGACCGGGACUCUACAAUUACUGAUUUCAAAAAUGGAACAAUAAAAAUCAUGGUUGCGACAUCUGUUGCUGCUCGCGGCCUUGAUGUGAAAGGAUUGAUUUUGGUGGUCAAUUAUGAUUGUCCAAAUCACUAUGAAGAUUAUGUUCACAGAGUGGGAAGAACAGGGCGUGCUGGAAACCGCGGGUAUGCCUACACUUUUGUUUUAGCCGAAGGACAAGAACGCAUGGCCGGUGAAGUUUGUCGAGCCUUUGAGUCGGCUGGAUCAACUCCACCAGAGGAGCUGAAAGUGAUGUUUGAGAAAUUCAAAGAGGAAAUGGCAGCUCAAGGAAAAGAAGUCCAUCUUGGAGGAAAAGGUUUUACCGGAAGUGGUUUUAAAUAUGAUGAGGCAGAAGCGGAAGCAGUGGCUAGUAAAAAGACGAUGGCGAAGCUGGUGGCAGGAAUGGAGGCUGGAGAUGACGAUGAAGAUGAUACCUAUCAAGAAAUGGAGAAAUUGUGUAAAAGUAAGCGGCGUCUCGUUAAUGGAAACAUGCCCGCGCUUAGAAUUGAUGAAGGUCCUCCUGCUAAUCCCGCUGCUGUGGAAAGCAAGAAAGAAGCCGCGGCCAAAAUUGCUGCGAGAAUAGCAGCCGAAAAGAUUGUCCAGAAUCCAGAAAAGGAUAACGCAACAAAGACGGCCGAAGCUAUCCUUAGGGGAGAUGGUCAACAAGUUGGAUUGAGUAGCAAAAACAAGGCCCAAAAAAUCGCUGAGCAAUUGAACUCUCGGCUAAAUCAUAUUGCGGAUGAGAGUAUGGCUUUAAUUGGAACUUCCGAAGAAACCGAAUACUUUGAGGAAGAGCUUGAAAUUAACGAUUUCCCGCAACAAGUUCGAUACAAAAUAUGCUCGCGGGACAAUCUCCGACAUAUUAACGAAUAUGCUGACGUUGGAAUUUCUGUCAAAGGCACGUAUUAUCCUGAGAAAAGGCAGCCAAAACCCGGUGAUGAUCGCAAAUUGUAUUUGUUCUUGGAGGCUCGUACCGAACUCAAUCUACGAAAAGCGAAAGAGGAGAUCUUUCGUAUUAUGAAGGAGGCAAUGAGGAAUUUGGCGGUACAAACGCAACGGCAACCUGUCGGCGGACGUUACAAUGUCUUC